ACGUCCUAUUACGUUUGCCAGUGAAUCAGCUGCGUGAAAAAAUCAAUACUGCGCGCGUUACAUGAAUUUAUUCCGCAUUCGUAAUAGACUGGGACAUUAAUACGACUUAAACGCGUGUGUUUUCAACAGUUUGAUGCUUAAUAAUAGUUGUUUUAUUGAAAAUUAGUCAUAAUUUAAAGUUAACUACGCUAAUUACACUGACGAAAUUAAAUUAACACCAGCACAGUGAACGUAGCCACAGGUAAUUGCUGCAUUAGAUCAAGAACGCACCGCGCGCGGCACCAGAUGGCGCAGUAGUACUCGUGAUGUUGUUACAUACCGUAUGGGCGUGUGAGUGCUUGUGUAAAAAAUUAAGUGUUUUGUGUUGUUUUAAGCGCUAAUGGAGAACGAAAACGGUAAACAGACUGCAAUGUAAAGAAGAGUUUAGAAACACGCCAAAACGAGUGCCUUAUAAUCGACUAAGUGCCUAUUUUAUAAAUAGUUACGUUUAGCUGCGAACGAUACGAAGACGAUAUACUGCGAAUCAUUGGUACCAAGUGACAAUCCACCACCGCAAACACAGACGGAGUCGUGACGAAGUCUGCGCGCGCGCAUCGAGGAAGCUCUGCACGACAACUGGCGGAGGCUGACCUCUACACGCACUAGCCCAAUCCCUAAGCAAGAUGGCGGCCCUCUCGCUGAAGAUAUCCAUCGACGGUGGCAAGGUGGUGAAGACCAUACAGUUCGACCCUUCCACCACGGUGUAUGACGCCUGCCGCAUCAUCAGAGAGAAGAUCCUUGAAGCUAGCAGUGGUGAUCCAAAAGAAUACGGCCUCUUCUUGGCAUCAGAAGAGGACAACAAGAAGGGGAUAUGGCUGGAAGCUUCCAGGAGCCUGGACUACUACAUGCUGAGGAACGGAGAUCUGCUCGAGUAUAACAAGAAGACCAGGAAUCUGAGGGUCCGGAUGUUGGAUGGUACGGUGAAGACCCUGCUAGUAGAUGACAGCCAAGUGGUAGCUAACCUCAUGGUGGUGAUCUGCACCAAGAUCGGCAUCACCAACUAUGAUGAGUAUGGCUUGGUCCGUGAAGAGCAAAAAGAAGAAGUAGAUCCUUGCGAGAAGCCCAACUUCGGCACUCUAACCCUCAAGCGUAAACAUCAGGAGAAGGAGAGGGACGCCAAGAUGGAACAGUUGAGGAAGAAGCUCAGGACUGAUGAUGAAGUAAACUGGGUGGAACCAUCAAAGACUCUUCGCGAACAAGGAGUAGACGCCUCAGAGACAUUACUUCUUCGCCGGAAGCUGUUCUUCUCUGACCGCAACGUGGACUCCCGGGAUCCAGUCCAGCUGAACCUGCUGUACGUGCAGGCGAGGGACGCCAUACUGGACACCACGCAUCCUGUCACCAUGGACAAAGCUUGCGAGUUUGCGGGUAUUCAGUGUCAGAUUCAGUUCGGAGAUCACAGAGAGGACAAGCAUACACCCGGAUUUUUAGACCUCAAAGAAUUCCUCCCCGCCUCCUACGUGAAAGUGAAAGGCAUUGAGAAGAAGAUUUUCCGCGAGCACAAGAAGCAUGUCGGCUUGAGCGAGCUCGACGCUAAAGUGCUCUACACCAAGAGCGCCAGGGACCUCAAGACUUAUGGCGUCGCCUUCUUCCUGGUCAAGGAGAAAAUGAAAGGCAAGAACAAGCUAGUCCCCCGUCUACUGGGAGUCACAAAGGACUCGGUGCUCCGUCUCGACGAGAAGACCAAGGAAAUUCUGCAGACCUGGCCUCUGACUACCGUGAGGAGAUGGUGUGCCAGUCCUAACACCUUUACCCUGGACUUUGGAGACUAUAGCGACCAAUACUACUCAGUCCAGACCACAGAAGCGGAACAGAUACUCCAAGUCAUAGCUGGCUACAUCGACAUUAUAGUCCGCAAGCAGCGAGCCAAAGACCACCUCGGCAUCGAGGGAGACGAGGGCUCCGCCAUGUUGGAGGACUCUGUCUCACCUUCCAAGGCGAACAUUAUCCAACACGACACAUUCAAGUCGGCUAAAGUUAAUACGGAGUCCUUAGCUAAACCGGCUGUGCACAGACCAGGGGCUGAAGGAGCCAAGCCUUUCGCCGUGAACCACAUGACGGGAGCUCAACAGACUACCGUAUCCGGACAGAUUAUAACCGGACAUACCCCGCCUGCUGCGUCACAAAUGCAGCAGACUAAAGUGAGCUCGAUCCUCACGGAGCCGCAGCGAGCCUUGCUCUCCACCAUCAGCUCAGGAGUCGAGAUCAUCAAGCAGACCGAAGAGGGACUCUCCAGGGCGACUCUCCCAGCUCUAGGCCAGGACGCGGCGUCCGUCAAAUGGAAGCAAGUGACGAUGGACACGAACAAACAGGUCGUGACGUCACAGAUCGCCGCCAUGAACGCUGCUACUGCGCAAGUCGUUACGCUGACUUCCGGUACAGAAGAAGUAGACCACACAGCCGUCGGAGCAGCAAUCACCACUAUCACCACGAACCUUCCGGAAAUGACUAAAGGCGUACAAAUGAUCGCCGCACUAAUGGACGACGGUGAUCAUGGUGAUAAACUGUUGGAUGCUACGAGGAAACUGUGUACGGCCUUCAGUGAUCUGUUGAAGGCUGCUGAACCGGAGACUAAAGAGCCACGUCAGAACCUCCUCAACGCGGCUUCCAGAGUCGGCGAGGCUUCCACCACAGUCCUCUACACCAUCGGCGAGGAAACUGAAGAGGACAAAGAAACCCAGGACAUCCUCCUAUCCCUGGCCAAAGCAGUAGCGAACACCACAGCAGCUCUAGUCCUGAAGGCGAAGAACGUAGCCGCCAUGUGUCGUGAGGAGCAAGCAUUACAGAACAACAUCAUCUCAGCGGCCACGCACUGCGCUUUAGCAACCAGCCAGCUGGUGGCUUGUGCCAAGGUGGUAGCCCCAACUCUUCACAACCCAGCUUGUCGAGAACAAUUGACCAGCGCAGCCCGUCUGGUAGCCCAAGCCGUAGAGCGACUAGUCCAGGCCUGCGCCGGAGUGCCCGACUGCGCGGCUCCCGGCGUGGAGCAGCUCACGGCGGCUGCUCACAGGGUCAGCGAGGAGUUGGAGAGGCUGCUGGCUCAUACUGAUCUGGAUCGUCGUGUACAACCGACAGUGACAGAACGCUCAGUGGAGAGCGUGAUGUCGGCCAGCGAGCGGCUGGUGUCGGCCGCCGACCCCGCCGACAUGGUGCGGCAUGCGAGGCUGCUGGGGCAGGCCACUGCACAUCUCAUUACCAACAUCAAGACGGAAGCAGAAAGUCAGCCAUCAGACUCUCAGCGCAAACUGUUGGCGGCCGCCAAGUUACUCGCCGACGCUACCGCCCGCAUGGUGGAGGCGGCUAGACAGUGUGCUUCUUCGCCACAGGAUCGUACAAAACAAGAGGCGUUGCGCAAGGCAGCGGAAGAAUUGCGCUAUAUCACCGUGGAUUAUGCGCAAGGACAAGACAUUGUGGGCUCGCAAGUCGCUCGGUUACAGGACUCUGCCCGUCAAGCGGCUUCAAGCGCUACUCAACUAAUCACGUCAGCACAUAACGCUGCACAGUACAAUACCAAUAAAUAUACACAGGAAACCCUCAUGGAAGAGUGCAAGGCACUGAGCGAACAGAUCCCGCGAGUAGUGGACGCCGUGCACGUCGCCAGUCCCCUUCCGCACCACCAGCUCGACCUCAUCUCCGCGUCCGAGGCAUUCCUGCAGCCGAGUGGACACGUAAUAGCGGCGGCCCGCGGUGCUCUGCCCACGCUGGUGGACGGGCCCACCGCCAAGCAUCUCGCUGAUACCACGCACACCUUUACUACCAGCUGUGCCGAGCUCAGGUCCGCAGUAAGCCGUGCCCGUAUAUCCUGCAAGGGCUUGGAGCUGGAUGCUGCGGCGGAGAUCAUCAAGUCUUUGCAAGCUGAGCUCGAUGAGUUAGAGGAGGCUGCGAGAGCUUUCGAGCUUAGACCACUGCCUGGACAGACGGCCGAAUGGGCAUCAUCAACAAUGAAAACAUCAUCCCGCCUAGCCGCUUCGUCAACGGCACAGCUAGUAUCAGCCGCCCGCGCGGGCGAGUCGGCUGCUUGCGGCCGGGCCGCGGGCGAGCUCGCCCAGUCGCUCAAAGACUUCACCACUGGACUCAGAGCUUCGGCUGCUCUGCAUGAUGAUCAGCCGAGAAGAGAGAGGGUGAUAUCAUCAGGUCGUCAAGUCCUGUACUCGUCGCAGACGCUGGUGGAGCACGUGAAGACCUACCUGACCACCUCGGAGACUGUUGAUACCACAUCCAUGAUGUCUAUUGCUAAGGAUAUCUCGCAGGGUCUGGAAUCCACACUGGAAGCGAUACCAUCUCACACAGAACUGGAUGUAGCGAUGGAGAACAUCAACGAUACUCUCAAUAUACUGAAUAUGGGAGAAUUCCCGCCUUCGGAUAGACCUUACGGCGAGCUACAAUCAGAACUCAACGCAGCAGCAGUGGGUCUGAACACGGCGUCAUCGGACGUGGUGCAGGCGGUGGAGCGUCCGGCCGCACUCGCCGCGUCCGCCGCGCACUUCGGUACUGCCUUCAACCGACUGCUCGGAGUCAGUGUUGAGAUGGCCGGACAUACUGAGGAUCGUGAAGCACAGACCCUCAUGGUUAGCUCCAUGAAGAGUGUGACGGUCAACUCCUCCAAACUCCUGGGCACUGCCAAGUCUGUUAGCCAGGAUCUUACUCGUCCCAACGCCAAGAAUCAACUGGCAGCGGCCGCUCGCGCUGUCACCGAUAGCAUCAACCGACUUGUGGACGUGUGCACGGAGGCAGCCCCAGGUCAGAAGGAAUGUGCAGCCGCCAUCCGCAGCAUCGAGAGCACCCGGCCCCUGCUCAGCAGCCCCACGCAGCCACUCACCGAGCUGGGCUACUUCGCCUGUCUCGACGCCGUGGUGGAGCAGAGCAAGAGUCUUAGUGAAGGCAUGUCCUCAAUGGCAUCAUCGGUGAAGCGCAGUGAGACAGAUCAGUUCUGCCGAGCUGUGGCCACCGUGGCCGCCGCCGUGCAGGGCCUGCUCGAGUGCACCGCGCAGGCUGCUUACCUGGUGGCAGUCUCCGACGAGACGAGCGUAGCAGGUCGUCCCGGGCUAGUAGACCAGGCGCAGUUCGCCCGCGCCGCCGUCGCCAUAGACCAAGCCUGUCGGGCUCUGUGUGAUAGCUCCAGUAAUCAGCAGCAGGUACUAUCAGCAGCGACAGUAGUAGCGAAGCACACCAGCGCCCUGUGCAACGCGUGUCGCGUCGCCAGCGGGCGGACCCGGGCUCCUCAUGACAAGCGACACUUCGUGCAGGCCGCUAAGGACGUCGCCAACUGCACUGCAGCUCUUGUUAAAGAGAUUAAGGCGCUGGAUACUGAUUAUAGCGAGGCUAACCGCGCCCGCUGCGCCACAGCGACCGGCCCCCUACAGGACGCCGUCCGCAGCCUCUGCCAGUUCGCAGACAGUCCCGAGUUCGCAUCCAUCCCGGCGAAGAUAUCUCCUCAGGCCAGGAAGAACCAGGAGGCUAUAUUGGAGUGUGGCAGGAACAUAAUCUCCGGAUCAUGCAGCAUGCUGGAGUCAGCUCGGGCACUGGCGCUGUCGCCUGCUGAGCGGGCUCAGUGGCAGCAACUAGCUGCACACAGCAAGACCGUCUCCGAUAGCAUCAAGUCGCUUGUCACUAACAUCAAAGAGAAGGCGCCAGGCCAGAGAGAAUGCUUAGCGGGCAUAGACACGCUGAACAAGCAGCUGCGCGAGCUAGACCAGGCCGCCAUGCAGGCUGUCGGACAGGAGUUGUAUCCUAGGAAGAAUAACUCUCUACAAGGGUAUUCAGAACAGAUCGAGAACAGUUCAACAGAGAUGCUGGAGCGAUUGGAACCGCUGCGCGUGGCCGCCAACGGAGAGGCUGAGAACUUAGGACACGCUGUCACACAGUUUGUGUCGUACGCUGAACCCCUAGUCUCAGGCACGGUGGGAGCAGCCUCCCUGGUGACUGAGUCGGAGGCGCAAGCCGAGCUGCUGCAGCACGCUCGCACAGUCCUGGAGGCAGCCUCGCAGCUGCUGCAGGAUGCCAGGGCUGCGGCCGGCAACCCCAGGGCAGUGAACAUGCACGGCAAAGUGGAAACACAGACCAUGGCUUGUCGUUCAGCUCUCUCCGAGCUGGGCAGCUUCGUGCGCGAGCUGAGCGCGGCUCGCGGCGCCGUGGGGCCGCUGCUCGAUACUAUGCAGAGGGCUAUAGCAAGGCUUACUGAUCACAGAAUGUCUCUCAUAGCGUCGUACGACGAGGCGGAUUCGUUCGUGGACUAUCAGACGCGCAUGGUCGGCGCCGCCAAGGAUAUCGCACGACUCGCCACGGAUAUGACGGCGAAGUCAGCGACGGACGCGAGCCGUCUGGUGCAGCUCGGCAACGAGAUGUGCCAGAAGUACGAGCAACUCGCGCAGGACAGCGUCGGAGCGUCCGCCACCACGCCCAACUCCGAUGUCGCUAAUAGGAUCCGCGUAGCAGUAGUAGAACUAGGCGAGGGUGCCGCUGAACUGAUAAAGGCGGGCGGCCACUGUCGCCUCUCCGCCGUGCCCACCAACCAGCGGGCUGUGGCCGACAGCGCCAAGAUUGUUAACGAGAAGGUGAUAGCAGUACUAAGCGCUUUACAAGCUGGGUCGAGAGGAACUCAGGCGUGCAUCGACGCGGCGGCUACCAUCGCUGCCAUUAUUGGCGAUCUGGAUACUACCAUACUGUUCGCUAGUGCUGGAACACUCCACUCCGAGAAAGAAACAGACACAUUCUCCGACCACCGCGAGAAUAUCCUCAAGACUGCUAAAACCCUGGUGGAAGACACCAAGACCCUGGUCGGAGGAGCAGCCGGCACUCAGGAACAGCUCGCUGCAGCCGCUCAGAGUGCUGUUAGCACUAUUGUGCAACUAUGUGAAGUAGUAAAACUGGGAGCCAUGUCUCUCGGUUCCGGAGCCCCGGAGCCCCAAGUCCUGCUCCUCAACGCGGCCCGAGACGUGGCCGCAGCCCUACGAGACCUUGCUGCAGCCACUACAGCUGCAAGUGGCAAGCAUGUGGCUUCCCCUGAUAUGCAUCGGCUGAAACAUGCUGCUAAGCGGCUGUCGGACACCACCCGUCGCUGGAGUCUCCCUCUCAAAGCCAGCACCGUCCCCCGCCCCAACCGACGCUCUCUCUUGCGCAGCGACUAUAACUCGGCAGACUCGGAAACCGACAUCUUUCAAUCAGACCAGGAAGAUGAGCUGGUCAAACUCCUAGACUACUCCAGUCAAGACGACGAUGUCUCCCCAACUAUAUUCCACGAUAAUUGCGAGGAAAUCAUCACUUAUAUAGAAAAUUUGAUGACUAUACCACCUGUUAGGAGUCUCAAAAAUGAUGAUUUAAAUGAAAGAUAUAAUUUGGCGGCCAAAAAUAGCUUGCUCGAUAUGGAUUGGAGGGUGUUGAAGUACGGAGAGAAUAUACUUCUAGGGGAGACAAAAAAGCUAGCAGAUUUAGCCAAAGAUAUCGGUGAUAAAGUCGAAAAUAAACGUAAGAUAGACAUGAUACAGAGAUUGAAGGCUAACCAUGACUUAGAUUCGGAAAUGAAGCGACUGUCAGCAGUCAUUGAAAACUUGGAUGAAGUAGAAAUUAUUACACGCACUGAAGUUAAAGAAACUGUGGUUAAAAAUGAGCCAAAACCAGAUGAUGUUAAACUAACAAGCCCAGUAUUUAGAAUCAAAAAGAUCCGACCAGUAAGCUUAGACAUUCAAACUUCACCAGAGACUAAAGAUACACUUAAACAAAUACUAAGUCCAGAAGAAAAACAAAAAGACGAAUCUAUGGAAAUCAUAGUCAAUCCUGAAGUUAAAACAAAACCUGUGACGAAAGAUGUGACGGAUGUCAAUACGAUGACCAAAAAGGUCAGAAUGGAAUUUUGGAAAAUGUUCAAAGAUGACACUGAGUGGUGGAAAGCGUUGGCUAAGAGAAAUCUAGACAAAAUGGAGGAGGCUAGGCGAGAUCUAGAAAGAUUCAGUGGCCACGAGCUUGUCUUAGGAGAAUUUCAAACACAGAUUGAUAAAUUUGAAAAUGAGAAACACACGUUACAGAAUUUCAUUGAAGAAGUUGAUAAAUCUAAGGCAGUCAACCAAGAUUUGGAAUAUAAUAAGAAAUACGAAGACAUGGUUUUAAAAUUAAUAGAAUUCGCCAAAAAAGACUUUAUUUACAAAGGCUUUGAUCCUCUUAUUGAACAGCUCAAAGCUCUGUCUAAUAUAAAAAUUGAUCGCAGGAAAAAAGUGGAAAUUCAAGAGAUACUAAACAUUUAUUCUCAGAUAGACACAAGCAAAUAUACGUAUGAAGAACUUUGUCUACUCGAAAGAUAUUACAAAGACAUUAUAAGAAAAUACAAAAAAGAUACGAGAGAUAAAGAAAAUAUACCGGAAAAUAGAAACGUAUAUUGCACAAAUAGUUUACAUAGAAACAUAAACCGUCAGACUAAAAUAACAUUUAACACAGACACUAUGAAAAGUACUAGAUCAAACCCGGAAAAGUAUCAAAAUACCCCUGAAAUUUUCGACCUAACUCGAACAUACCCCUUAGAAUAUUACGCAAACAAUUGGUGGCGAAUAUACGAAAGUAUAUUAAAAAGUCGGGAACAACAAUUCGGCUCAAUAGACAACUGGUGGAAUGUCUACGAAAGGAUACUGAACAAGACCGAUUCUGAAAACUUCAAUCAUUCAUUCUUUCGUUCCCAUUCACGUUCAAGACCGAGUUCUCGCAUGGAGGAACAACUAAGGAUGCUUGAUGAGAUAAAACAUGAUCAGUUUAAGGAAACCGAGGCUGUGACUACGAAGGACGAUGAAUCGGUGAUGGUGACGAACGUGACUUCACUGCUGAAGACCGUGAAGGCGGUGGAGGAUGAGCAUACGAGAGGCACCAGGGCUCUGGAGUCUACUAUCGAAGCUAUUUCUCAGGAGAUUGAGGUGCUCAUGUCACCAACACCACCGAAGACCACAGCAACCCCAGAGGAGCUGAUCCGCUGCACGCGACAGAUGACAGUAGCCACCGCCCGCGCCGUGUCUGCUGGCAAUGCGAACAAGCAGGACCAGCUCACCGCCGCCGCCAACCUGGGCCGCAAGACUGUCGUAGACCUGCUCGUCAUCUGUAAGGGAGCAGCCUACUCAGCCGAGUCCUCAGAACUGCAAACCCGAACACUAGAAUGUGGUCGCUCCGCCGCUACGGCGUACCGCGCGUUACUGUCGGGCGUGCUGGCGGCGUGUGCGGGCGACGCGGCGGCGAGGCAACUGUUGCCGCAACUGUCGCGCCACGUGGCGCAGACCACGGCCGACAUCAUCGCCACCGCUGAUCUGCUUAAAGGUUCCGACUGGGUGGACCCCGAUGACCCCACAGUGAUCGCCGAGAACGAGCUAUUAGGAGCCGCCGCGUCUAUCGAUGCAGCUGCUAAGAAACUCGAGUCGCUCAGGCCUAGAAAGAGUGUUAAAGUUCAGGAAGCAGAUGAGAGCCUGAACUUCGAUGAGAUGAUCCUGGAAGCUGCGAAGUCUAUCAUUGCGGCCACAUCGGCCCUCGUGCGAGCUGCCUCGGCCGCUCAGAGAGAGCUUAUUGAUCAGGGCAAAGUAGCCAGGCGUCCCACCUCAUCAUCAGACGAUGGCCAAUGGUCCGAAGGUCUGGUCAGCGCCGCCCGUCUAGUGGCAGCCGCGGCCCACUCGCUGGUGGAAGCCGGCAGUGCACUGGUCCAGGGUGCAGGGUCUGAAGAACGCCUCAUAUCCAGUGCUAGGCAGGUGGCCUCCAGCACUGCUCAGCUGCUUGUCGCUUGUAAGGUGAAAGCCGACCCGUCAUCAGAAUCAACCCGUCGCCUCCAAGCCGCCGGGGCCGAAGUGAUACGGUCCACGGACAACCUGGUGCGAGCUGCCCGGGAUGCUAUACAGACUGAGGAGGAACGGUCUCUAGUGCUUAAUAGGCGCAUGGUCGGCGGGAUUGCGCAGGAGAUUGAUGCUAGAUCGGAGGUCCUCCGCAUAGAAAAAGAGUUGGAGGAAGCUCGCGGACGCCUCACCGCCAUCCGCCAGGCCAAGUACAAGCUGCGGACUGGCGACACCUCGGGGGAUGAUACCGACACUGACGUGCAGCUGGGCUACACCAGCGAUGCCUCGCUACACAGAAUGCGGACCCCAAACAGCAGUUUCGUGAACACAACAUACAGUCCGAACAGUACCUACUCGCCCCACACGACUCAAACUACCCACAAUACCACCAAUAUAUCCUCCCACAUUUCUCACCUUAACCAGUCAAUUCACGGAACGCCUAGCCAAACUGCAAAAUCACCAGUUUCACCCGGAUACGGAUACACGACCCCAAAAAGUCCCACUGUCCCCGCCAGGCCGGAAAAUUACAGUCAGACCAACCAGUCGAGUGUCAACCAGUCGAGUAUCAACCAGUCGAGCGUCAACCAGUCGAGUGUCAACCAGUCUUACAGUCAGAACUAUAAUCAGACUCGCGAUGAGAAGCAGUAUACGGUUCAGAGUCCGACGUUUUCGAGUUUCAGACCUCAAGAAGAUCAGAAGCAGAAUUAUGAAGGAUUUACUACUCGAGUUUCUUCAAAUGACAGAACGAUGAAUAAAGAGACAAGCCUAGAGGAAGUGACGGUUCGGGCCCUAACCCUCCCCGAAGUGAGGACUGCUCGCCUGGUGGGUGAGGAACGCAUUCCCUACAAGCGCGAGACUCCGCCCCCGCCACCCCCGCGCAGGGCCUCUCUACUUAGCUACGAGACCCGCCUCUACGACACCCCCAGACCCCUGGACAUCCGCACCGAGCAACAAGAGACCUCGCAAUACGACUACAAAGAACACAAGUACUCCUACGAGGCCCCCAAGACCCCAUUAAGCCCUAAAUUCAACGCUAGAGAACUCAAAUUUGACGACAAAGAACCUAUCUACUCCACACUCAAAAAACCCUUCGACGGUGUCGGUCAGACCUUUUCUGAACAUCAGAAGUCUACUGAAGCUAUUCCUGGUGGGACUAAACAUUCUGAGUAUAAGAUACAUAGUGAGUCUUACCAGUCGUAUCCCAAAACGGAAUACAGUAAGAUGGAGUUCCGUGAAGAUGUGAAGUCACCUUUUACUUCGACCCCAAAAUUCGAUCGGUCGACCGAGUUAGUGAAGGCAGCUACGCCAGAUUAUGACAGAAUCGCUUCUCCUUAUAAAGAAACUUCCAGUUACGGAGGACCGAAUUACAUGGAAGAAACUACAACAGAAGUCAAAGAAAUACCCAACGGUACCCAAAAAAUUACAACUACAAAAAUAUACAGCUCAUCUCCAGUUAAUUUGACAACUACCAGUACUAAGUAUGAACCGAUCAGACUUGACGGUAUCGAUGAAUUGUCCAAGUCAUUCGAUAAUGACUCGAAAUACAGCACUUUGGACUCUCGCUUUAACACUUUAGAGUCCAAAAUGAGUUCAGACACCAGUCGGUCUUUCAUGAGACCUUCAGAAUUCCAAUCCUCCGAUUAUCAGACCACCACAAACGUGACCAAAGUCAAAAAACCCUCAGAACUGGUGAAAGAAAUUGACUCGCUAGACAAGAAGUUCUCGAAACAGACUAUAACGUCAGAAACUAUUGAAAGAAAGUCUGUCAUGACAAGUUCUCAUAAGUCAGAAUCUUCGUCCACCGUUACUAAAAAGUUCGGCAAUUUCUAAGGUGCGUCUAACUUUUAUAAGUCUGUGGUAAUAUGCUUCUGAAAUACCGCUAGGAAUUAUUUUUACUGCAAGUAGUUUUUAUGCGAUUUUUAGGUACUUUUUUUACCCUGGUAAUUUUUUUUAUUUUAAUUUUUUACCAUGGUAAAAAAUCUUAAAAAAUGGAAAUAAAAAAUAAUUUCCUAGCGGUAUUGUGUUCGUAAUUUAAGUGUUGAAACUAAAAGGACUAUGCACGUUUUUGAAAAUGAUUGAAAAUAUUUAUUUAUAUUGAUUAAUAAUGAAAUGUUUGUGAUUCGAUGUUUUCUAAAUGUCUCGAAAUUUUCGGUAGAUAUUUUGACUUUGAGUUGCACAAUUACAGGGUCCCGAAAUGUAUGCAAAAUACCUUACAAAAUAUAUUAUUUUUGUUCUAAAAUUUCGUCAAUUCGAAUCUCAUUAUUGCAAUAUGACUGUAUAAAUUAUAAAAAUAUGCAUUUGAAAAAUUUCAAAGUCAAAAUAUCUAUCACUGAGAAAUGUAUAAUAAAAUGUUGUAUAUUAAGUAAAAAUCUCGAAAUUGCCUAAAAAAAUAACAAAAGUUUGUCUAUUUAAAAAUGUUUGUUUGUUGUUUUUGAUCUAACAUUUUUUUAAACUGCCAGAGACUAAUACCUACUACUCGUUUUUUUAGAAACUAAAAAAAAUUCAAUAACUUAAAAAAAAAACUUAAAGUAAUAAUAAAAAAAAAUGUUAGAUUAUAAAUGCAAACUAAACAUUGCCUAAAUUUCGAGCUGUAUAUUAAAAAUAUAAGGUGCUAAAAUUUAUUUAAAAAACUCGUGUCUUAGCCAGCCUUACGGUUUUGGAAUUCAAUUAUUAAUUGUUGUUAAAAUUAUACUUGGACUUAGUGGUGGCAAAGACCAAUUUCCCACUGUUGGGCAAUAAGGACUCACUAUUGGGCAAGGAAUAAAUAAAAAGUUAUUUAAAUUUACUAUACAUGACUUAAAGGUUAAACCACUUGUCUUUAAAGAGAAAUUUUGAUAAAUAACAAUAAUAAAAGGUAAUUAUUUCCAGGCAAAUAUUUUACACAGAAUUUUGACAAUAACAUUCCAAAAAUGUUUGCAUAAAUAAAAAUAAAACAUAGGAUACUGUUAUAAAAUAUUUUACCUAAAAGGCAGCAUUCAUAAAAAAAUAUAUAACUUUAUCGCCACUAAGUCGCAGGUACCCACAGCUGGGCAAAUUGCCCACGCUUCACAAAGUGCUAGCCCCACGGGGUCCUUAUAUUAUAUGCCUUCGAACCGAAGAGUGCCAUUAACUAAUAUUGUUAUAUUUCAUUAUUUUUGUGCCUUUUCAUAUUAUAUAACAACGUUUUUAUGGGCUGUAUAAUAUAAAAAAUAUUUACAAAAAAUAUAUGACAGAAUAAAUAAAUAUGCCUUAUUAAAAAAAAAUAAAAGCUAUGCAAUAAACCAGGCAACUAUAAACUAAACUAUAAAAUUAUAGAAUUAAUAAAAAUUAUAUAAAACAAAAUAUACAGCCCAAUUUAUGAAACAAUGUGCCAUUUUCAGAAUAUAUUUAAUUUUAUAAAUUAUUAUUAAUAUACAUUUUUAUGAAAAAAUAAAUAUUAUACUAACUGAAUCAUAAUUCGCGGUGUCCUGUUAAUUGUCAUACAAACUUGUAAAGAUAUAUUGAAAAAAAUACACAAAAAAAAGAUUAAUUAAUAUAAAGUAUUGAAAAGCAGCUAAAAUAUAAUAACCUUUCUACAUUAACAGGAGACUGCGAAAAAACAGUGAUCGAAUGGUGCAAUUAUUUUAAAAAUAUACUAAAAACUAAACUAAAUAUAAAUAAAAACGGAUUUUUAAUACUAAUUACACUAAGAUUUAACCGAAAAACUUGGCCGACACUCAGUUAAAAUGACAGUUCAGUGUCGGCCAAAUGGUUAACGCAGCUUACAAAAUUAACGCAUUUAUAUAAAAAAAAAACUAUAUUUAUAAACAAAAUUUUAUUUUUUCGUUGUUUUUAUUUUUAGCGUAGCGAUGGUGUCGACUGGUGAAGUUUCGUGAAAGAAAUGUAUAUGAAAUAUAAAUUAAAAUAAGAUAUUAUUUAAAAAUCUAUGAGUAAAUAUUAACUUAAUUAUUUGAAGUAGUUUCGCACUAAUAUUCAAUUUAAUGAAAUAUUUAAACAUGGAUAUUAUGUAACAUUUUUAUAUUAAUAUAAAUCUGUGUGUCGGAUUGUCGGACAAAAUUUUUAUGUUUCAUAUAACGUGCCUUAUGAUUCGCAGCUUGAACAACUUUUUUCUAUAAACAUUCAAGUGUUUAAUUUGAGUAUAUUAUAAAAAUAUAUUUAUAUUAUAAUAUAUAACAGUGUACUCGUUAGCAUAGGUGCCCGCGAAAGCGAUUCGUCCACUGAAGGUAACUAAACACCAAUUCUCAUAGUUUAGAGCAUAAAAAUAUAAAUUUAUAUGUAGACUUUACUAUAUAAACAAUGUAUUUUGUACCCGCCAUUGCGUAUAUUCAGUAAAACGACAAAUUACUCUGAAAACUGAAAUCAUCUGACUAGCCUUUUUCCAACUAUGUUGGGGUCGGCUUCCAAUCUCACCAGAGGCAGCUGAGUACAGGUGUUUUACAAGGAGCGACUGCUUAUCUGACCUUCACAACACAGUUGCCCGGACAACCCAAUACGCCUAUGUAAGACUAAUUGUCUUACUGGCUAUUCUGACUACUCGUAACAACUGCCAAAGAUAUUCAAUGACAGCAGUCUGAAAACUAAAGUUUCGGAGUAAUUUCUCGUUAAUAUAUACAGACAAGUAUAAAUAAAUAUAAGUGUAUUGACAAAACCAGCGCUAUAAUAUGCUGAAGUUUGAAUAUUCUUACCAGAAAUUAUUAUUAUAAGAAAAUAUAAAAAUGCCUUAUAUGGUAAUUACCUUAAAUGGUAAAAUAUUACCUUGUAUGGUAAAUUAUAGGGCGUUACCACGAGCAAAUAGUUCGUGUCGGGCUAAAGCGUGUCUUAUUAAUAUUAAUUGUAAUACUGUACUAUUUGUAAUCUAUAUUCUUGUAUAAGUCGUAGUUAAAAGCGCUCAGAAAAAAAUCAAAGAAAUAUUUCUCUAUGUGUCGAAUUUGUGUCAGAAAUCCGACAUUUUAGAGAAAAUUCAAUUUUACUUCCAUAUUUUUGACUUUAUAUGAUGUCAUGUUUCAGUUUUAAGAAAUCUGACAUUCGUUUUGAAUAUUUUAAUAUUUGAAAAUAUUUUUUUCAUCUGAUAACACUAGUGGCCAUUUUUGAUAAGACUAUAAUGGCUUUUUCUGAGCGCUUUUACAUACGAAAUUAACUUGUAAACUCAUAAUAUAUACUAUUAUAUUAUACUAAUUAAUGAUAGCUAUAUACACACUAUUUACUAGUUUUUGAUACAUCUUGAGUACAUCAAUAAAAAAAUCUCUUUAAAACCAAAUGGAACGUAAUUUUACUAAUUUUUUAUUGUUUAAACUUUAAAAAGAUCACUUGGUAUUUUAUUUGUUAAUAUUAUGUUGAAUUUUAUGUACGGUAGCUAGUUGUAAGCUUGUAUGGUGGUCGUGUCAAUGUAAUAAACUUGUAACUAAUA